AGUUUGUCUUUUGUGGCAAUAUAUAAAAAGUAUGUUUUAUUAUCCAAAAAACGUAAUUAACUGUGCCUCUGCAAAGGUAGGCCGAUGCAUUUAUAUUUUGUAUAUAAUCAUAGGGUAGCUGUACAUUGUUUUUACAAGAAAGACUAAAUCUUACAACAAAAGUUACGAACAUGUGAUACGUAUGUGCUGCAAACAUUUCACAGAAUCAUGUGGACUACUAAUAUGUUAAACAUCUACCAAUUAUUUAACUGAGGUAUAAAAAAAAUUGUAAUAAAAUCUCUGAACAUUGGAAGUUUGGAUUUUACCAAUUGCAAAACCCAAAUCUAUGUUUUUGAGAUUCAGCUUCAGGAAGGAAGUAUGGGAUUUAGAAGAGACUGAGAUUGCGCGUGCUCUCAACCAGACUGAGCCGCAUGAUCCCUGCUCUAAACAAUCCCAGUCUGCCCCCAAGCGACAAGACUGCACAAACAAUAGGAUUUAAAGAGGCAGGGAGGAUGCCAACGCGUACUCCAGGCAACUAUUCCUGAAGAAGAAAGACAGAAAGAAAGAAAGAACAGACUCAAGAAUUGUCUCCUGAGGAUCUGAGGAUGUUGCUGUCCCUCAUGUCACUUGUCCUCCUCGUUGGAGUUACUGUUGCUGUACCCGCUCAGGAGAAGCGUAUCCAUCGCCAUAGCGACCUCAGUGACCGUGACCAUGACGAUGCCACUGGUUUCCAGUAUGACCACGAGGCCUUCCUGGGAAAAGAGGAAGCCAGGACCUUUGACCAGCUCACCCCUGACGAGAGCAAAGACAAACUAGGGAAAAUAGUGGAACGCAUCGACACAGACAAGGAUGGCUUUGUGAGCCACGGGGAGCUGCACCAGUGGAUCAAACACCGCCAGAGGAGGUACAUCGAGGAGAAUGUGGACAAACACUGGAAGGAGUACGACCAGAACAAGGAUGGAAGGGUCGGCUGGGAGGAAUAUAAGAACACCACCUACGGCUUCUACCUGGAUGAGGAGUUUGAUGAUGUGGAUGACAAGAGCAGCUAUAAGUCCAUGCUUACCAGAGACGAGAGACGCUUCAGGACAGCGGACCGCGACGGCGACGGCAUCGCCACCAGAGAGGAGUUCACAGCUUUCCUCCACCCUGAGGAGUACGACCACAUGAAAGGCGUGGUGGUCCAGGAAACACUAGAAGACAUUGACAAGAAUGGGGAUGGAAAGAUUGACUUGAACGAAUACAUUGGUGACAUGUUUACAGCGGACUCUGGGGAGAGCGAGCCAGACUGGGUGCGGACUGAGAAGACCCACUUCACAGAGUUCAGGGACGUCAACAAGGAUGGAUUUCUAGAUGCCAGUGAGGUGUCUCAGUGGAUCCUCCCAGGAGAGAUCGACCACGCCGACAACGAGGCCAGGCACUUGAUCCACGAGACAGACACAGAUAAGGAUGACAAAAUAACCAAGAAGGAAAUUCUGUCCAACUGGAACAUGUUUGUCGGAAGCCAGGCAACCAAUUACGGGGAAGACCUGACCAAGAGACACGAUGAGCUCUGAGUGCCAUUCAUGAAGUCAUACAUGAUGUCCAGGGGGGCUAGAGCUACGGUCAAUGGGGGGGGGGGGGGUUCCUUUAGUCUCACAAACCUUUUUUUUUUUCUAUUCUUUUUAUCAAUGAGUCAUAUGGGAAGGGUCCUGCUUUAUCAAUGAGUCAUAUGGGAAGGGUCCUGCUUUAUCAAUGAGUCAUAUGGGAAGGGUCCUGCUUUAUCAAUGAGUCAUAUGGGAAGGGUCCUGCUUUAUCAAUGAGUCAUAUGGGAAGGGUCCUGCUUUAUCAAUGAGUCAUAUGGGAAGGGUCCUGCUUUAUCAAUGAGUCAUAUGGGAAGGGUCCUGCUUUAUCAAUGAGUCAUAUGGGAAGUGAGUCAUAUGGGAAGUGAGUCAUAUGGGAAGGGUCCUGCUUUAUCUUUUGACAAUUUGUGUUGUUGGAUGUGGAGAUCUGCAAAGCACACGUCAUGCAAGCCCUCCAACACUUCCUGAAAGGGGCGUGCUUAAACUGAAGAUGUCCCCCCUUGCAUCAGUGAUCUCCCCCUGGAAGUCUGGCUUGAGAGAGAGAGAGAGGUCUGGGUACCAGAUUAGGGUUACCCUAACUGAAGUACAGUAUUUUUUUAUAUUAGAAAUAAUAGACAUCACGGUAAUCGGUUACUGAAUAUGUACUAGGACUAGGUUUGAGGGAGAUGUUUCUGCUAUCAGCACAAGGGUGAGUCAGCAUAGUGGUCAGAUUUGAGGACAAGGAUUUCAAUCGAGAUCAAUAGGAGCGCUACGAUAACAAAUGUUUACACUGGCAGAUACAGAAGCUCUGUCUAUAAUCCAAAAAUCUUACACACACAUGCUAACAACACACAGCUGAAACAGACAAAGAACCACAUGCCUACAUAGGAACACUGUUCAAAUCAACACUCUUCUGCAGACAUAAACUGUACACUUAGUUUGCUGUAUGUACACUUGUGAAUGAAGAGAAGGAUGGAUUGGAGAGGGGGAGGACUAGGGUGGAGACAAAAAGGAACCACUGAAAAUGUCUCUCUGUGAAUAAGAAAUAAAGCCAUGUUGGUUUUUAUAAUUCAAAAA